AUGUAUAUAAUUUUUCUUUUAUUAAUCCCAUUUUUAAGUAUAUUAAAUAUUUUAUUUCUUAAAAGAAAUAGUAGUAACAUCUUUAAUAUUUCUUUAUCUUGAUCUUUAAUAUUAUUAUUAUAUUAUAUAGUAUUUUUUGUUUUAAACUAUAGAAUUUUUAAUUUUCAAUUUAGUAUAGAUUUUAAUUGAUUGUUAAUUAAUUCAAUUUUUGUUAAUUGAAAUAACUUUAUUCUUUCUGUUGAUGGAAUAUCUAUAUUUUUUAUUGGAUUAAGUAUUUUAUUGAUUCCUAUAUGUAUAUUGAUUAGUUUGAGAUCAAUAAAGUAUUUUAAAAAAGAAUUUAAUAUAUUACUAUUUAUAUCAGUUAUUUUAUUAAUAGGGGUGUUUUCUAUUUUAGAUGUACUAUGAUUUUAUAUUUUAUUCGAAAGCAUAUUAAUACCAGUUUUUAUUAUGAUUGGUAUAUGAGGAUACAGAGAAGAAAAAAUUAAAGCUGCUUUUUAUUUUUUCUUUUAUACUUUAAUAGGAUCUUUGUUAAUGUUAAUAAGUAUAUUUAAGCUAUAUUCUUUAAUUGGAACUACUAAUUAUGAAAAUUUAUUAAUUAUAAAAAUCCCAUAUGAUAUUCAAUUUUGAUUAUUUAUAGGGUUUUUCAUAGGUUUAGCUGUAAAAAUACCAAUGGUACCAUUUCAUAUUUGACUUCCACAAGCUCAUGUAGAAGCACCAAUAGCAGGUUCAAUUUUAUUAGCAGGAAUACUUUUAAAAUUAGGGGGAUAUGGAUUAAUAAGAUUUUGUUAUCCAAUAUUUCCUUCAGCCUCUCAAUUUUAUUAUCCAUUAAUUAUUAUAAUAAGUAUAAUAGCCAUAGUUUAUGGCGCUUUGACUACAUGUCGUCAAAUAGAUAUAAAACGUUUAAUUGCUUAUUCUUCAGUAUCUCAUAUGGGUUUAGUAACUGUAGGUAUUUUUUCACAUUCUAUUGAAGGAUUAACAGGAUCAAUAUUAAUGAUGAUUGCUCAUGGUUUAUCUAGUUCAGGUUUAUUUAUUAUAACCUCAAUUAUUUAUUUUAGAUUUCAUUCUAGAAUUAUAAAAUAUUUUAGAGGUUUGACUAUUACUAUGCCCAUCUUAAGUAUAAUUACAUUUAUUUUGAUUUUAGCUAAUAUUUCAUUUCCAUUAACAUUGAAUUUUAUAGCUGAAUUAUUUUUGAUAAUUUCAGCUUUUAAAUUCUCCUUAUUUAUAAUCUUAUUAAUCUUAUUAGGUGUUUUUAUAAAUUUAAUAUAUUCUUUAUGAGUUUAUAAUAGAAUAUUUUUUGGUUCAAAUUCAAUUCAUUUAAAAUUUUCAAGAGAUAUAGUAAAUUUCGAAUUUCAGAGUCUACUGCCAUUAAUAAUAUUUAUUAUUAUAUUAGGAAUUUAUCCCAAUAUAUUAAUUAAUCCCAUAACAUUUAGUUCUUAUAUUAAUAUUUCUAUAUAA